UUCGGAGUGGCGAGUUCGACUCGGAAACCAAUACAAGUUUGACUUUGAACUGGGUUUUUUUCUAAGAGAAAUAAUGCUUUUAUAACUUAAUACAAAAAUGGGAAAAGUGUUAAAUAAUUUGCAAUAUAAAAUAAUUGUUAUAGAAUUGUUGGAACAUUAGUAUACUGUCACUAUUCUUAUCCUCAUUCUUUUUCAAAUCCAUACUUUAAAUUGGUUUCCAAGGAUACCUGCCACGCACAAUAUGACAGAGGCCCUGAUUCGUCGAUGAGAACGCCAACUCCCAGAAUGCCCCAUUACGCAGUGCGCCCCUUCCGCUGCCGUCUCCGCCCAUCUUCCUCUGUUUGCUAAGCAGGUAUCGGUGCAGGGGAAAGUGGGUGCUAUGGAUCAACGCAGUCCCUGACAUUGGCAAAUUAGCGUAACUAUCUGGACAACAGCGCCAUUGAAAACCGCCACCAUGUUCGGCCGGUCACGGAGUUGGGUUGGAGGACAGAGUAAAACGAAGAACAUCCACUCCUUGGACCAUUUGAAAUACAUGUACCAUAUUCUCACCAAAAACACGACUGUAACGGAUCACAACCGAAACCUGCUCGUCGAGACCAUCCGCUCCAUCACAGAGAUCCUCAUUUGGGGAGAUCAGAAUGACAGCUCUGUGUUUGACUUUUUCUUGGAGAAGAACAUGUUUGUCUUUUUCUUGAACAUCCUGCGUCAGAAGUCUGGUCGCUACGUCUGUGUCCAACUACUUCAGACCCUCAACAUACUGUUUGAAAACAUCAGCCAUGAGACUUCAUUAUAUUAUCUGUUGUCGAACAACCAUGUCAACUCCAUCAUCGUCCACAAGUUCGACUUUUCAGAUGAAGAGAUAAUGGCUUACUAUAUUUCCUUCCUCAAGACUCUGUCUCUGAAGCUGAACAACCACACUGUGCACUUCUUCUACAAUGAGCACACUAAUGACUUUGCCCUGUACACCGAAGCCAUUAAGUUUUUCAACCACCCAGAAAGCAUGGUUCGCAUCGCAGUUCGCACCAUCACACUCAACGUCUACAAAGUGGACAACCAGCACAUGCUGCACUACAUUCGAGAUAAGACAGCGGUUCCAUAUUUCAGUAACUUGGUCUGGUUUAUCGGCAGCCAUGUGAUCGAACUGGACAAGUGUGUGCAGACAGAUGAAGAGCAUAAGAACAGAGGGAAGUUAAGUGACCUGGUAGCGGAGCACUUGGACCACCUGCACUACCUGAAUGACAUCCUCAUCAUCAACUGUGAAUUCCUCAACGACGUGCUAACCGACCACCUCCUUAAUCGUCUCUUCCUGCCCCUCUAUGUCUACUCUUUGGUCAGUCCUGUGACGUCUGAAGAGCGGAAGAUUAAUCCCCAGGUGUCGCUUUACCUGCUGUCUCAAGUGUUUCUAAUCAUCCACUAUCAGCCCCUGGUCAACGCCCUUGCAGACGUUAUUCUCAAUGGAGACCUCUCUGUUUUCAGUUGCCAGCCAGAUGUUCACAGCACACACAAAAACAUGCAUGCCACCGCAGCAGGUGUGCGCCGCUUCGUCAAACCCCCAGAGUCUCUGGAGCGGUCGCUGGAAAUGUCUCGCCACCGAGGCCGCAAAAGAACUCAGAAAAGGCCGAAUUACAAAAACCUGGGCGAGGAGGACGACGACAGAGCAGGGGGCGGCGGCAGCAGUUGUGCAGGAGAGGUGGAGGAGGGCUGGGAUGACGACAGCGGCAGAGGAGGAGAGAGGGAGAAGGGAAAAGGUACAGAGGGAUUAGGAGGAGGAGGAAGUGGGUGCUCUAAGGGAGGCAGAGCGAGUGGAGAGAUGGCGGAAGAAAUUGAGAUGGUGGUGAUGGAAAAGUGUAGAGCAUCAGAACUGACUGAACAGAACAUCACCGAUGAAGAGAAGACCGCUGCUGCCACUCGAACACACACAGAAAGAAGCAGGCCGUUCCUGGACAUGGUGUACAGUGCCUUGGAGUGCACCAAUGAUGACUACCACGCUCUGUUUGUGCUCUGUCUACUCUAUGCUAUCUCACACAGCAAAGGUGUGAACCGUGAUCUCCUGGAGCGUCUGCAGUUGCCGGUUCCCGACCAGGAGAGAGGUUCUUACAGCGUGGUGCUUGUGGAAAGACUGAUCAGAAUAAUGAACCAGGCAGCAUUGCCAGAUGGGAAAGUUCGACUCGCAACACUUGAGCUGAGCUGCCUUCUGUUGAAGCAGUCAGUUUUGUCGGGAAGCCACUGUAUAAUUAAAGAUGUCCAUCUAGCCUGCCUCGAGGGUGCCAGAGAAGAAAGUUUGCAUUUACUGCGGACCUUUUACAAGGGUGAAGAAAUCUUUCUGGACAUGUUUGAAGAUGAAUACAGAAGCAUGACGAGUAAACCUCUGAAUGUGGAAUACCUAAUGAUGGAUGCCUCCAUACUGCUGCCGCCCACCGGCACCCCUCUGACGGGUAUCGACUUUGUAAAGAGACUACCUUGUGGAGACGUAGAGAAGACCCGCAAGGCUAUUCGAGUGUUCUUCAUGUUGCGGUCAUUGUCACUACAGCUUCAGGGAGAACCAGAAACUCAGCUCCCCUUGACCCGACCCGAAGACCUAAUCAAGACAGAUGAUGUCUUAGACCUCAAUAACAGUGACUUGAUAGCAUGUAUGGUGGUCAGCAAAGAUGGCAGCCAAGCCCAGAGGUUCCUGGCUGUAGACGUGUACCAGAUGAGUCUCGUUGAACCAGAAACCAAACGUCUUGGUUGGGGAGUAGUCAAGUUUGCCGGCCUUUUGCAGGACAUGCAGGUGUCUGGUGUUGAGGACGACAGCCGAGCUCUGAACAUCGUCAUUCAUAAACCGAGCUCCAACCCUCACGCCAAGCCCCUGCCAAUUCUGCAGGCCAACUUCAUCUUCGCCGAUCACAUCCGCUGCAUCAUCGCCAAGCAGAGGCUCGCCAAGGGUCGCAUUCAGGCUCGACGCAUGAAGAUGCAAAGGAUUGCAGCUCUGUUGGACCUGCCGGUGCAGCCCAGUGCUACGGAGGUGAUGGGUUUCAGUCAGACCGCCAGCGCCUCUCCCAGCGGCCUGCCGUUCCGAUUCUACGAGCAGUCCAGACGAGCGCCCAAUGACCCCUCUGCCAACAGAUCAGUGUUUGCUUCUGUCGACAAAGUCCCAGGUUUUGCAGUGGCCCACUGUGUGCCGCAGCACAGUCCCUCACCGCUCUCCUCCCCAUCGCCUCCCUCCAGUGGCAGUGGAAGCACUGGGAGAUGUGACUCUGUUACUGCAAGCACUACGUCUGUUCAGAGCCCGUCAGACGAUUGUGCGUAUUUGGAGCACACUCCGUCCUCUUCUUCAGGCGGUGAAGGUGAAGGAGGAGGCGGAGAAGCCCCAUCUACUCCUUCAAACCCGGUCGCGGCUCCAGCCCUGGCGCCGAGCCUCACCCCGGCCUCCCAGCCCACCAUCUCCCUGCUGACGGACAGCAACACCGACACCUUGAGCGUGGAGUCGCUCACACUGCUGCCCCCUGCAGACUCCCCGCACCUGCAUCCGUACGCUGUGGCCCACUGCCUACAGAGACCUGAAGCCUCCAUAAUGGAGGAGGAGGAGGAGAGAGAGGCUUGUACGGAAAGAGAAGAGGAGCUGCAGGAAGAGGAUGGGUCGCUGAUGGACGAGACGGAGACGGAUGCUACGGUUAAAGACGAAACUACUGAAACAACUGACUUGAUCACGCCUACUGACGAAGGUCCCGACGGAGCAGACCAGCAAGGUGAGGAUGCAUCUCUAGAGGACGAAAGAGAGAGCACAACAGCAACAGAGUCUGUGGAGACGACACACGCCCAAGCAGCAGAGUCGCCUGAACUGGAUUAAACAGCCUGACAUUUCUAUGUUCACGCACACACACACACACACACACACACUGAACACUGUACAGCAUGGUGGGUGGACUGUCCAAUCCUCACUGCAGUGUGUUUUCAUGACAGCAUCUACGGGGAUGUUUGGAUGUGAUUGUAAAUAGUCCCAGGAUGCAUCGGGAGGAACCUCCUAAUUUGUGUUUGCACAUGAAGAAAGACACUUUUUCCCCUCUCAGAGAACAAAGACAGACACUGGUCAGAGCCCAGAAAGGCUCAAGCACAUUGUUUUCUGAGCACUCGAGUGCGUCUGCUCAAGAUUUAUCAAGCGCGUGUCGAGACGCGCAACCAGCAAGCGUUUUCUAUUUAUUCUGAUUGUUCAUCAUUCAUACACCACAUGCUGAUAAUCAGAACAGGUUUCCCUCUUUUUCUGACAUAUUUCAGUUCACAUAACAGGGCAGCAAUGUUCACUACUGUGUACACACACACACACACUCUCUUGCCUUUUCACAGCAGCAUGUAAGAGCUGUUUCUACCACCCUAAACCACACUUGAUUUUUUUAUUUUUUUUUCUGUGUGGAAAAUAGCAUGAAGGAAGAUGAUCAGGAGCAGCCACCAGUUCUCAAAUUAAUAUAUGUUGACCUGGUUUUCAACUUCCACUCCAUUCUUUUGUUAGUGGUCUACUUUUAGAGGUGAAUCGCAGAGUAUGCCAGACGUACAUAGUUGAAUAAAAACAGCAUCUUAGAUCACCCUGUUAUUUAUUAAUUUACUGUAUCAGUUUCAUUAAUGCUAAGUCUGUGUUAAGAAGAUAGGAUUGUAUGUUUUUAUCUUUUAAAUAUCUGGGUCGAAAUGGACGAAUGCUCUAACAUCCCUAAGGCUUUUUCUAAGUGUGAUUGCUUAGAGACAUUUUGCUCGUCUUGUCGGAGUGAUUGGUUAACCCCGUGUUCUUUUUCUUCCUCAGAACCCAUACGCUGAGGUCAAACUGCUUCUUAGCUUCCUACUUUAAUCAGAUGACUGAAGCUGCACUACUGCAAUAACCUUAAAACUAACCAAUAUAAGGAGAGAUGAAUGUAGCGUUUCACUUUUCUCUCGAUUAAUGUUCGUUUUCAACUUCUGUUUACAUUUCUUUAGAACAAAGCACACUUGGAUUGUUUAAAUCUCCAAUUAAUCCCUUUUACCUUCUGUUGAUUCCCACGCUUUCUAUUCUUCAGCUCAGUUGGUUUUUUUUAAUGUUUUUUUUUAGCAUUUUUUGUGCCAUCAGAACACAAUGUAGGUCUUAAUGCUUUACUAAUCUUAUUUUUUGACUAAAUCCAGAGCAAUACUGUCUUUUAUGGGUCUGUCUCUUAAUCUUUUCAUUCUACUUAGCAGAAUGGUGAUGAUGAUGGUGAUGAUGAUGGUGGUCACCCGCACGCUGAAGAGCCCCUGCGCAGUGUGUGGACUUGAAGGGGGGGUUGGGGUUUUAGGAGCAUGUCAUCAUGUGCCUAAAACCAAAACCACAACAUGCCGUUAGGACCCUCCAUUGCUGUCUGAUUGUAGUGUGUGAGUGUGUUUGAUAUGUUUGUACGCCCUGUAAAUGCUCUGUGCUUUAAAACUUGUAAGUACUGUAAGUUAAUGAAUUAAAACAGAGGAAUAAAGAACCGCAAUAAAUUA